AUGACGCGAGGGAGGGAUGAGGCCCAGGCUGGUGCCGCCAUGCCGCCAGCACAAAUGCCGGAGGAGUGGGCGAGGGAGCUGCAGGAGGAGCGAACCGCUGGCGCGCGUUGGGGAGAAGAGUUUGGCGGGCAGCAUGAGGCAUGGGCGGAGGAGUUCAGGAGGGAGAGGGAGCAUGGGAGCGAACUGAGCCGGGCGCUCGAGGAGACGCUCAAUGGAGACGAGAAGCUCGCGCAGUCGGAGUUGCGGGACUUCAUCGCUGCUGUCAACGACGGGAGCUUUCAGUUCGACAACGGCAGCAUCCUCCAGCCCGACGGAGAGCUCUGGGACCCUGCUGGGCUUGAGACGCCCUUCUCCCUCCGCCCUUACACCUUCACCCCGCACAACCCCUUCCUCGGUCGCCCCGACUGCUUCCGGUCAGGCGUGGAGAUGCUGCAGCGAGGAGAGCUGGUGGAGUCUGUGCAGGCGCUGGAAGCGGAGGUGCAGGAGCACCCGGACAACUGCGACGCAUGGCUGACGCUCGGGCUGGCGCACGCGGAGAACGACGAGGAUGUGAAGGCCAUCAUCGCUCUGAACCGAGCCGUGCAGGCAGACCCAGACAACUUGGAUGCGCUCCUUGCUCUUGGAGUUUCGCACACCAAUGAACUCGAACAGGUCAACGCGUUGACGCAUCUGCGGUCUUGGAUCACUCGCCAUCCCGAGUACUCGCAGCUUUGCCCUCCGCAGGAGGAAAUCGGAAGCCUGCGGGAGACUUACACGCUGCACAACGAGGUAACGCAAAUCUUCACUCGCGUGUUGCAAACAAGACCAGACGACGUCGAGCUGCAUACGGUGCUGGGUAUCUUGUACCAUCUUUCGUACGACUAUGAGAAGGCGAUUGAACACUUCAGAGAAGCGCUGCGAAUCAAUCCUCAAGAUUACUCGCUGUGGAACAAGCUCGGAGCAACACUCGCGAAUUUCUCCAAGAGCGACGAAGCUGUUGACGCCUACAUACAGGCUCUUUCCAUCAAGCCCAACUACGUGCGGGCGCUGGCGAACUUGGGAAUCGCCUACUCAAAUCAGGAGAUGUACGAGGAAGGAGCGUCAUGCUACCUCAAAGCUCUCUCCAUCAACCCCGGAGCCUCUCACAUCUGGAGCUCUUUAAGGUCUGUCUUUCACUUCAUGGACCGCUCGGACCUGGCGGCGCGAUGUGACACUGAGAAUGCGGAAGCGUUUAGGGGAGACAUCGACUUCUAG